UGUGUCUCUAACCCUGACCUGGGAGUGUGGACGCACAGUGUGGAGGGUGUGCUGAUGUUGCAGUGUCUUGUGUUUGAUGUUUCACAGACAGCCCAUCACUUUCGGGGAUGGUGGACAUGGAUUACCCAUUGCAAGGCCCAGGGUUGGUGGCUUUGCCUAACCUUCCGGAGAUCAGCAACAUUCGCAGGGUCCCUCUCCCCCCUGAGCUGGUGGAGCAAUUCAGCCAUAUGCAGUGUAACUGUAUGAUGGGAGUGUUCCCAGAGGUUGGGAAGGCCUGGCUGACCAUCGAUAGUGACAUCUUCAUGUGGAAUUAUGAAGACGGGGGGGAUUUGGCGUAUUUCGAUGGACUGAGUGAAACGAUUCUGGCCGUAGGACUGGUCAGACCCAAGCCUGACAUCUUCCAGCCUCAUAUUCGCUUCCUGCUGGUCCUCACCACUCCAGUGGACAUCGUUAUACUGGGGGUCAGCUUCCCUCCCUCUCCCACAGGAGUGGGCACACUGAACGACAGCCACAGUGGAGGGAUGCAGUUACUGCCUGACCCACUUUACUCCAUUCCCACUGACAACACGUACCUGCUGGCUGUCACUGCCACUGACACCGGACGCAUCUUCCUGGCUGGUAAAGAUGGCUGCUUGUAUGAGAUUGCUUACCAGGCGGAGGCUGGCUGGUUCAGUCAGCGAUGCAGGAAAAUCAAUCACUCCAAAAGCUCCCUGUCCUUCCUCGUGCCCUCAGUGCUACAGUUCACCUUCUCUGAGGAUGACCCCAUUGUACAGAUUGCCAUUGACAACUCUCGCAACAUCCUCUACACUCGCUCAGAGAGAGGAGUCCUACAGGCCUACUCUCUGGGACAGGAUGGCCACGGGAUGAGCCGUGUGGCUUCCCUAUCACACACGUCCAUUGUCACUGCUGCCGGCAACAUUGCCAGGACGAUCGAUCGCUCGGUUUUCAAACCGAUUGUUCAUAUCUCAGUGAUCGAGAGAUCGGAGUCUGUGCACUGCCACCUGCUGGCCAUCACCCACAGCGGAGUGCGGUUGUACUUCACCACGUCCCCGUUCAGGCCCCAACCACAGGCGGCCUCCGUGUUGCUGCUGGUUCACGUGCGGCUGCCCCCGGGGUUCAGCGCCUCCGCCAUCGCCCACCGGCCCGGGAACGUCCACAAAGCCCUGUACACCAGAG